AUGGCGGAUUUGAGCCUGCACAAGACCCGCUCGACGGCGGGCUCAUCUUCUGAAAACGAAGACGACCAGGACCGUUCCUUGAACGAUAUCGACGUGGAUUUCGAAAAACUGGGACGCGGUUUCCCCAUGAUAUCGUUACCCAGCAUUUGGAGCUCAAAGGGCAGCACGACAGAGCCGGGGUCUUUCCCGGACUUGGGCCAAUGGACGCGGAAAUUUCAAGUGACAACGUUCAUCAACGACCUUCACAAGGGCCUCAGUUUCUCAAACGCGCUAACGCGUCUCCAGACUGUGAAAGCCGUGACGGAAGAAGCGCUGUUGAGUACGCUGCUUCCGUCGCGCGACGAGAAAAACGUCGCAGGUGAAGAGCCUGCCGGAGUCACGCCUGCGGCUAGCCCGAAGGUCAUACCGCCUUAUAACGAUAUGGUUCUACCGCGUGACAAAGACCCAAGUCUUUUGGACGAACAGCUUUUGAAAUUGACCGAGUUGCCGCAGGAAGCGUUGCACGACGAAGCUACUUUGCGCGACCGAAUCCGCCACAUUCAAGAACUCGACGUAGAGCCUGCGAAAAAGGCGAUGAUGGUCCAGCGGCUGAUGAUGGGCAAACAUUUUGACGAAACUUCGCGACGUUCACCAUCGCUUGACAUCCGACGUGACCGCGACAACGAUGGCGAACUGCAUGCUACGACUCGACGGCCUUCCGACGAGGAAAAGCUGCCCACGUUCCAUGCAGAGGGCGUUUUUGGCUGUGUACACUACCAACGCAGUUGUAAGCUACAAUGCCACGAAUGUCAGGGCUGGUAUACGUGCCGUUUUUGCCACGAUGAAGAUAUGAUGACCAAAGAGCCCGCGUCACAACAUCAUUUGGAAAGGAACAAGACGCAACGAAUCAUGUGCAUGCGGUGUAACCACUGCCAGAAGCCUCAAAAGGACUGUGAAAACUGCAGAGAGGAAUUGGCAGUCUACUUCUGCGAUAAAUGUAAGCUUUUCGAUAGCGACGAAACGAAAGACAUCUAUCACUGUGAUAAGUGCGGUAUAUGUAGACUGGGACUGGGACUCGGCAUCGAUUUUUUCCACUGUGAUGGCUGUCAAGCGUGUCUUUCCAUUGAACUUCAAGGAAGUCAUAACUGCAUUGAGCGUGCCACCAUGGCCAGUUGCCCCAUUUGUGGUGAUUACAUGUUCACAUCUGUCAAACCCGUUGUCUAUAUGUCUCCAUGUGGGCACGCGAUCCAUCAGCAUUGCUUUGACGAGUACGCUAAACACUCUUACAAAUGUCCCUCGUGUCAAGUUUCGGUUUUGAAUAUGGAGGCCCAAUUUCGGGUCUUGGACAAAGAAAUAGAAGAACAGCCUUUACCGCUGCCUUACUGCGAUUGGCUCUGUUACGUAUCGUGCAACGAUUGCAAAGCCAAGAGUUCGUGCAGAUACCAUAUAUUGGGUCUCCGGUGCAACAAUUGUUUUAGCUACAAUACGUUACAAUUGAAACUGGUGAAACCGGAGGAGGAGCAAUCGCUGUCUACCACAGAGAGCAGUUCCGGAACCGAUGUAGGCAACGAUGCGAGAACCCUCGCAUCUCUCAACAGCAUGCGCCAGGAACUUUUGCGCGGUCAUUUUCAAAGAGAGGAAGUGUCACCCAUUAUAAACGUGAACGAAAGCGGCAUGUUGUCCAAUAUUGAAACCUACAUGAACGAGUAUUUCCAAGACGACCCGUACAGCGCUAUUCAAUCCUCAGAAAUGGACAGGCUCCAAUACGGCUCCCAAAAUCUUGUCAGCACAGCUGGUCUGUUCAAGAAAGAUGAGAUGGGCACACCUCAGCUGGGUAGUGCGAGCAUGAAUCGUAUGUCUUCUUUCACGGAUAGACUCAAACAGUUCUUAGGCGAAGCACCGCCCCAGUUGUCGCUAUCCAGUGCCUUUCAAAAAUUUUUACAAGGGAGCCAUCAGGGAUUGUCGUCCGGCGACGAGGACGAUUUUUCUGGCUCAGAAGAUACAAGUCAGGAACAGGAACCCAAUCCUCAAGGUCCUGCGUAA